AUUUUCGAGUUGGACUGAUUAAUCGACAAGAUAUACAACAAAUAGUGAAUUUCGAUGAGCUAGUAGAUGCACUCAUAAAUCGCGGAUACCGACCACAAAUAAUCGAUCACAGUCCCGACAAUAAUAACGACGACGAAUUCAUCGAGUCCGCAUUUUUGUAUCGAAAUCUCUCAUUACUUAUCGGGUCGCACGGCAACGCACUGACCAAUGCACUGUUCAUGUCACAAUCAUCGACCGUUCUCUCGAUCUCCGCAAAAUUCGGGAACGACGGACAAGAAGCGUGGUAUGCAGGGCCAAUGUUAUCUCUCGGAAGAAGAUUCUACGAUUGGGAAUGUCAGGAUCAGAGUUGUGUCGAAACUGAUCGUGGAUUGGCACGUCAAUGUCUCGAAGAGGCGAAAAAUGUGCUCAGUCCCGAGGAAAUGGAGGAAUUUGUAAAGUUGGAACAGCAUGUGGUUGAUUUUACUUUUACGAGAAAUUUGAGAGACAUGAUAAAGAAACAGACAAUCACUUCUGCCUGGUGGUGUUAUGUUCGUGAUGUGAGACGGAGAGUUGAUGUCGAUUUAUUUGUGUCGAUGGUUGAUCAAAUAUUACAGGACUAUAUUGAAUGGUCACCUCAAUUGAAUUCAUCAUCAUCUUCUUCUACAUCUGCUAAUAAUGAUUACGACAACACAUUAAUCACUACUACCGUUAAUAAUCGAAUGACAACAAUAAAAGUGGCAUCAUCGUCAUCAUUACCUAUUCUUGAAAAAGAAGAACAAGAAACAAACCGAGAAAUAACAACAGAAACAAGACCACCAUUUCCAUCACCAGCAAAAGAAGCCGAAAUUCAUUUAAAUAAUAACGAAACAAUAGAAACAAAAGAACCUUUACCAAAAACACAAAGUCUCGACGACGAGGAAACAGAAUCCAUAAGUAAAAAUGAAACAUCACCACUAUCAGAUAUACCGGAAUCGGAUUUUACUUCAAAUCCAUCAGAGACAUCAGCGACAAUAAUAGCAGCAAAAACGACAAGUAUUUCCUCCUCUUUUACUCCAAGGAUAACAAGUCCAUCAUUUCCCGAUAUAUGUCGGCAAGCGAAGUGUUGUGGUCCUAAAUGCGAACAAUCAAUGAAACGCAAUGUGUUCGGGCCAAUUAAUGCGUGGAAACAGAGUGUAGAGCAUGAGCUUGAAGUUCAUGUAAAAGCGCGGAACUGGAAACUUGUUGAAGAAAUACAGAGACAAUGA